AUGCGUGGGCUCCCGCCACUGCCCAAUAUGGCGGCCCCCGGGCCUCGCGACUUCAGCGCAAGCCCGGAUUCGCGUGAGUCUAUCGCAGCGGCCGCCAUGGAGGCCACUCCCGGAGAAAGGAACCUCAAGGCUGGCUCGGAGCCCAGCGGUCCCCCAGCGCUGUACGUGCUGUGCGGCUGGGCCGUGAGCGCCCACAUGGGUGUCCUGGAGAGCGGGGUGUGGGCUCUUCCAGGUCCCAUACUUCAAGGUAUCUUACCACUGCUCAACAUCUAUUACCUGGAGAGAGCUGAGCAUGCAGCCCAGGAGAAAGGCCUCUCAACACAAUCCAUCUGGCAUCAAAUCUGGGAUGAUGUGAUGAGGACAAGGCCACCCCAUUCUGAGAGCGUGCCCUGCUGGAAGACCAAGUUCCUGGAGACCUUCUUCUGUCAUGUGCUCCGAGGGACCCUGGACCCAGCGUCUGACUGGCGCCUCCAUGACAGCCGCUUCUCAGCCCUCCUCCAUAGCUCCCCCUAUGUCACCCAGCUCACUAUCUGCAACGCGCUGCAGGGGGUGCGAGAGCUGGUGGCCGAGGCCCAGCAUGGGGCCCUGGAGACUCUGGCCCAUUCCCUGCACACACUCAAGUUCCGGCAUCUGCUCUUCUCUGAUGGGGCUGCCCACCGGGCACUUCGGAAGCUGCUGCACCGGCUCAUUCACCAUGGGGCUGUCCGGCAGGUGUCCAUGUACUCCUGGCCUGUGCCGGAGACCACGCUGUUCAUCCUCAUCCUCACUAUGAGUGCGGGGCUCUGGCAGCCAGCCCCCUGCGAUGGACCUUGCAGUCUGUGUGGGGAGGACACCGCAGGACGAGCCCCAGUCCGCCAUGAGCCUGUCUCCCUCCUGAGGCCUGGCCAGCCAUGCCGGAACAGUGCUGAGCGAUCAGCUGCUGCCCUGAUGGCCACUCGAUGGGAGAAUGAGGCCAGGGAGGCUCAACAACAGGCCAUGCUUGCACAGGCGAGCCGGACACUGGGUGAAGCAGACCCCGAGAGUCCCCUCGGUUCAUCAUCGGCCCCUCGGACUCUAGCCAGCUCGGCCCUACAGCCCCAAGAAGCUCCCAGGAGGAAAAGUCCCUGUGCCCAUCCCUGGCAGAGGUCUGGGACAGAGCCAGAUGACCUCUAUGACUUCAUCUUCCUCAUUGCCAGUGAAAAGGAAGAGGAGGGGGAGGAGGAAGAGGAAGAAGAGGAGGAGGAAGAAGAGAAGAGACAAGGCCAUCUGUCCUCUGGGAGGACGUGGGAGCCUGGCUGCUGGGACCUUCCUUCUCUUGAUGCUGCCCAGCGCUUCCGCAGCAUCUCCACCUUGGACUUGUUCACCAUCCCGCUGUCCACAGAGUCAACUCUUGUCCUGUGCCACCUACUGAGCUCCUGGGUGUCCCUGGAGAAGCUCACCCUCUCCUAUAACGCCUUCUUCUCUUCCAGACUCGGUGGCAAUAAGGACUUCUGGGUAGUAGCUGCCGUGGCGCAUUGCCUGUUGGCUCCACCCACCAGCACCCCACUAGAAUGCCUCGGCUCCAACAUCUUCCACCUGCUGGAAGGUUUGCAGGUCCUCUCGGCCCAGGCCAGCUGCAGCCUCCGCUCCCUCCACUUCACGGACCUCUUCUCCCCGCUGUCUGUGCUGGAGCUGGCCCACAGCACCCUCAGGGUCCUGCCCAGGCUGCACAGCCUCGCCAUCCGGAUUGACCACCUGAGCCCAGACGACAGCCCCAGAGGCCCCGGGAAGCCCAGCCCUGGGUCUGAGAACGAGGAGAUUCCAGAGAACUGCCUGGAGCAGCUGGAGCUGGGCUUUCCCCGCAAGCCGCAGGCCAGCACGUGCCUGUGCCGGGUCCUGGAGGCGUCCCCGGCCUUGCAACAACUGGCCCUGGACAACGCCACCUUCACCUCUCCCCGGGAGCUGGAGCUGGUGCUGCAGGCGCUGCGAGAAUGCAACCCAGCCUUGCAAAAGCUGAGUCUGCACGACAUGAACCUUGCCGACUGCCAGAAGGAGGUGCUCCUGCUGUUCCAGGACCCCACUCUUCGAGAGCUCACCCUGUCCUUCUGCCGGCUGCUCGAGAAGCGCCGGACCCACUUUCUGCCCAAGCUGGUCACGGCCUUGAAGAGCAACUCGACCCUGAAGAGCUUCCGGCUGCCCGGGAACCGCCUUGGGAGCUCCGGCCUCGUGGCGCUGGCGGAAAUCUUCUCCAGCGAUUCCUCCUCCGCCCUCUGCCAGCUGGACAUCAGCUCGAACUGCAUCAAGCCGGACGGGCUCCUGGAAUUCGCCAAGCAGCUGGAGCAGAGCCGCUCGGACCGGGGGACCUUCGGCCACCUCUGCCUCUUCCAGAACUGGCUGGACCAGGACCCCAGCGUGACUCAGGAGGCCCUCGGCCGGCUGCGGACCACGUUCAGCGUGGUCAGCGACACGUGGGACUCGUCCCAGGCCUUCGCCGACUACGUCAGUGUCAUGUGAUUG